CCUUGUGAGCAUCGUCAAUUUUAUUUUGAUUGCGAAAUUGUCAUAGAAUUAGAUAAGGAUUGUUGAAUCAGUGAGCUUAUCGGAAUAGUGUUGUUAUGUUUUAUGUGCAAUAAUCAAUCACCAGCCAAGUGGAGCUCAUAAAGAAAUUGCUUGCCAUGGCCGGCCCGUCCGACGGCGAGCCCGACGGAUGGGUCGAGUUCUGUGAGCGUCAGGCCAAAGCUGCCGCACAGGACUUCGCCAAGGCAUGCUUAAAUUACAUUCAAACUGGUGCUAAUGACGUCUCAAACCGACCUAACGUCUCACAAAAGGAGUUUUUAAAGAAAUUUGUCGAAUGUUUCACUGAACAAUUUGACUUUGAGUUUGGUAAAUUGAAAGCGCAACACAAGCUUCCAAACGGUACACAUACCGGCCACGAUGAAAGUGACUACUCAGAGGACACGGAUUCUCCGAAAACACAACACAAGCCCUUUUUCCGACGGUUAUCUUUUAAAGGUCUACGGCGUGGUAAAGGUCUAUUUCACAAACAGAAUUCUGACGAGGUAGAACUGUCGUCUAAUUUGAAUAAACAUAGUAAAACGAAAUUGGCCAAAAUCGUUGUUGAAUGCAGAAAGGAAGGUUUAGUUAAUUAUUUAACACCAGAGAGUUUAGAACAACCUGGAGGUCCACAGAAGUGGGAGAAAUGUAGGUUAGCUUUAGUGAAAACUGUUGGAGGCUACAUGUUAGAGUUUUAUUCACCACCGAAGGCUCAAAAGCCAAGGAGUGGAGUGUUUUGUUUUUUGAUAUCUGAAGCUCGGGAAACCACAGCUUUGGAGAUGCCUGAUCAUGAGAACACAUUUGUUUUAAAGGCAGACAACAACAUGGAAUAUGUAAUAGAAGCAGCUGAUGUGGAUGAUAUGAAGUCCUGGCUGGCCACUAUAAAGUACUGCAUGCGGUCGGCGCCAACGACACAACCCCCACCUGAGUCGCUGGCAGGGCUGCCGGAGCCGGCACCUCCUGACCUGCCACCACGCCGCGAUCUUCCACCCAGCACUAGUAAUGCUGAUUUAACAACCGACACACCAGAAGAAGGAGAGUUAGGUUCAAUAGCGGAAGAAGCGUGUGCGGGUUCGGGGCGACUAUCUCUGACGGAGUGGCCGUGGUUCCAUGGCACGUUGGCGCGCUCUGCGGCUGCGGCCUGCGUGCUGUCAGGUGGCGCGGGCGCACACGGCUGCUACCUCGUGCGACAGAGCGAGACCAGGCGGGGAGAGUAUGUCCUCACUUUUAACUUCCAGGGUCGCGCUAAACACCUCCGCAUGACGUUAUCUGAGACGGGGCAAUGCCGCGUGCAACACCUCUGGUUCCCCAACGUGCACGACAUGCUGGAACACUUCCGCGCGCACCCCAUCCCGCUAGAGUCUGGCGGCGCCGCUGACGUCACGCUCACACAGUACGUCGUCUGCCAGGACCACGACGGACGUCAACAACUUGGACUGUCACUUGGUAGUGAUGUAAGAAUGCGGCGAGCGGAAUUGGAGGCUCUACUGGUCGCCAGUAGCGCCCCCCAGGACAUGCGGGCGGUGGAGAACAAAUACAGCUUCAUGUAACGUUUGCUCUUCUGCAAUACUCUCAGCUGUCUUGACAAUUAGACCUUUCAUACUAACGCGAACUGUCACUUUGACAAGUGACUGACAUCUGUCAGUUGACGAGAGACAGUUUAGAAAUUUUUAGUUCAAGAAAUAAGAUUGUGUAAGGUUAAAAUGUAAAAUGAUUUUAAAGUUGAUAAGUGACAACUUUUGUGGUUUAAAAAUUGUUAUACAAAAGUGAAUAAACAAGUUAAGGACUGUCAUAAAUUGACUGCUAGAAGCAGGUCGACA